GUCGCGCUGCCGCUCGUCGGCGCGGGCACCUGGGAGUACAACAACUCCGUCGCCUACGAGAGCCUCUGCAGCGCGUUCAAGGCGGGCUACACCAUGCUCGACACGGCGAACAUCUACGGCAACGAGGCGGGCGUCGGCAGGGCCAUCAAGGACUGCUGGACGCGCCCGCGGUCCGAGCUCUUCGUCAUGACCAAGGUGCCCGGCGGCCUCAACUUCACGGCGACGCUCGCGGCGCACGAGGACAACAUGAAGCUGCUGCAGCUCGACUACGUGGACCACCUCAUGACGCACUUUCCGUCGAACUUCGACGGCAGCCACGCGUCCAAGGCCGACCGCCAGACGACGUGGAAGGCGCUCGAGAAGAUCUACGCGUCGGGCGCGGCGCGGAGCAUCGGCGUGAGCCACUACUGCGCGAAGCACAUCGAGGACGUCAUGGAGAUCGCCAAGGUCACGCCGUCGAUCAACCAGGUCGAGUACCACGUCGGCUCCGGCGACGUCGACGACGUCAUCCCGACCUGCGAGAAGUACGGCAUCCACUUCAUGUCCUUCAGCCCGCUCUGCGGGCCCUGCAACAACACCGCGGGCGACAACCUCAUCACGGGCAACCUCGUCUCCAAGGUCGCGGCGCACUACGACGGCGUCAGCGGCGCGCAGGUGUCCCUGCGCUACAUCGUCCAGCAGGCGCUGGAGCACCCGACGUACUUCGCGGGCGUCAUCCCGAAGAGCAACGACCCGGCGCACCUCGCGUCGAACCUCGACGUCUUCGGCUUCGAGCUGUCCAAGGCCGACAUGGCGCUCCUCGCGGCC